AUGUCUAACGGAGAUGAGCUGCAAUCGAACUUCUUGGGUUUGGAAUCCCUAACUCCCUCCCUGCCAAACUCUGAGACGAUCGUUCAUCUUCCUGCAACUUCAAUCACUCCAGGUCUCUUGUUUGAAAUUUCAAUGGACCAGAGUUCAGGGGAAAAAUCAGACAUAAGCAAAAGAAAGAGAAAGAGAGACUACAUCCAUAAGGAACUCUUGCAACAUGCUACUGAUUUGGCUAAAUAUCUGGAAAAAGAUUUAGACCCUGGAAUUGAUCAGAGUUCAGGGGAAAAAUCAGACCCAAGUGAAAGAAAGAGAAAGAGAGAAUGCAUCCAUAAGGAACUCUUGCAACAUGCUACUGAUUUGGCUAAAUAUCUGGAAAAAGAUUUAGCCCCUCAAGAGUUCCCAUCGAAGCCUAUGACAGUAUCCGAACCUCCUAGAUUCUGUCAUGACAAUGACAAAUUUAACAAAUUGUCCAGUAUGUUUGGAAGGGUUUCUGGCGAGGAGGACUAUAAUUCUACAGGUCUUAUAGGCAAGCUUCUCCAAAAGAUUGUAGAUUUGAAAGCCAUUUCAGAUUUUAUGGCCGAAAUAGAAUUGAAGAAGAACGAACUUCUCAACAGUUUGUUGGAAGGGAUACAAAAACUGCACCAGGAUGAACAGAACCAUAUCCAGAGAAUAAUUCAAUUAGAAAAACUAUUAGAUGCUAAUGAUUCUUUAAUUGAGCAUUUAAAAGGAACAUUAGAAGUGAUGAUGAAACACAUGAGAGCUGAUGCUGAUGCAGAAAUCUCGAAAGAGAUGAAGUCAAUGAAGCAAGAGUUGUACGACAAAGAAGGAGAGUUGGAGGACAUUAAAUCACUCAACCAAGCUCUUAUAGUGAAGGAGCACAAUAGCAAUGAUGAGUUGCAGGAUGCUCGUAGGGAAUUAAUUCAUGGUUCGGGUAAUAUGUCGUAUUUUGGUCGUGCUAAAAUUGGAGUAAAGAGAAUGGGAGUUCUGAACAAUAAACCAUUUCUUGAUGUAUGCAAACAGAAAUAUCCUGCUGAAGAAGCAGAGCAAAAGGCUCAAGAUAUGUGUUCAGUGUGGGAUAAGCACCUCAGAAACCAAGGGUGGUACCCUUUCAAGAUCAUCAUGGUUGAUGGGAAAGAACAGGAAAUAAUAAAUGAAGAGGAUGAAAAGCUGAGAAGCCUGAAGAAUGAUUUGGGUGAAGAAGUUUGCAGGGCAGUUACUACAGCGUUAAAGGAGAUAAAUGAUUAUAAUCCAAGCGGGCGGGACAUCAUAUCUGAGCUAUGGAACUUCAAAGAAUCAAGGAAAGCUACAUUAAAAGAAGGAGUUGAAUUAAUUCUGAAACAGUUACGAAUAUAUAAGCGCAGAAAGUGAUCUAAGACUUAA